AUGACUGAUUUUCUUAAGGCAAAGUUUGUGGAGUUGAGUAACAUCGCAAAGAUUAAUAAGUACUUGCCAACUCCUCCUUUAUCGCCUGAGCCUCAUUCGCCUGAGCUUAAUCCUAAGGUUUCAAUGCCUUUCAAUGGUUUAUCAACAAAGCAACAUCAACAUCGUUCAGAACUUGGUCAAGAAACGCCUAGGUCCGCUUCCCCAAGUUCUGAUCCAAGUAGUGCUUUUGAUAAUGUUACUCAAACUCCUGUUACUGGUCGUCUCUCUGUUACUAUCGUUGAAGGUCGAAAGUUAAAUGUUAGUAACUUUCAAGCUCGUCCUUAUUGUGUGGUAGAGUUCGAACGUAACGAAUUUGUUACUAGAGAAGCUAUUCGUGAUUGUGAUCUUCCUUCUUCACGUAAUGGCAAAAUUGAAUUUUUGGACUUGGUUCGUGCUGCUACAAGUCCUGUUUGGAAACAGAAAGCUGUUUUUGACGUUGCACGUCUGGAUGGCGAAGUUCACGUGUUAGUUUAUGAACGUGUUCCUGAUCAUAACAGACCCGAGGUCUUUUUGGGUAUGUUGAAAAUUCAACCCCCCAGAAGUCCCAAUGAAACUGUUGAUGGAUGGUUCAA